UGCAGGUGCACUGAUGGGGGGAGCUUACCAAGCACGCAAUCCUGCGGUACGACUUACAAAUCUGUGCCAUACCGCUUUGUUGUCAAUUGAUCUACAGAAUUAUAUAAGACGGCAUCGACGUCCGUUUCAUGGUGAUUGUUUCGAAGCUGGCCACACAGACAAUUGAACUCUAUCAACACAUAUAAAAGCUCUCGUUCUAUUUCCCGAGACUUCCGACCUUCCCCUCAACCUCCCCUCAUCUCAACACCGCAACAAUGGCAUCAGUCACCGUCUACGACGCAGUCAUUCCCACUUUCACCAAGGGCCUCAAGACCUUUGACCACAUUCUGACAAAGGCAGAGGAGCACGCCAAGGCCAACAACGUGGAUGUCAACACGUAUCCCGAGGCUCGUCUUGUCGAAGACCAGCUCCCCCUCACUUUCCAGGUCCAGAAUGCGACAAAGACUGUCAAGACUAACAUCAGCCGUCUGACUGGUGUUGAGUUGGAGCCUUAUGAGAACACGGAGAAGACUAUCGCAGAUCUCCACAAGCGCAUCAAGGAUGCGUUGGAGCUCCUGAGCCAGGUCGACGCCGCGACUGUCAACGCCAAGGCUGACUCGCAGGUUGACUUGCCUAUCUUCGGUGGCAAGACGUUGAAGGUCACUGCGAAAGAGGCAGCUUUGAGUCAUGGAAUCCCCAACUUCUUCUUCCACUUGAAUGCAGGAUACGCCAUUUUGAGAUCAAAGGGGGUUCCUGUUGGCAAGGCCGACUAUCUCGGUAGUUUUGUUGCCCAGUAAUGCUGGAGAAUUGGUGUAAUAAAUAAGAUAAACCUUGAUGGCUAUGACGAGCGUCGGGCAACAGACAUGGAACAUAGCGAUCACGUGAAGAGACUUGUCAUUGAGCCAAAUGUUGAUAUAUAUUCAGCAGGGAUCUAAGAGCGACAUCCAUAGCUGCAGCUCUCUUCACUUACAGAAAGACGAAAUGACCGCCAGGAUAAAAGAAGACGACGGCCUUUGUUAGUGUUAUGAUUUACUCUAAGAACAAAAAGACCAUGCUGCUACGAUCGCAACCAGAUCGACCAACCUGGGACUCGAACCCAGAAUCUUCGGAUUAGGAGUCCGACGCCUUACCAUUUGGCCAGCCAGCCAGAGCCACAAG